CAUCGCCGCACGUGAAGUGGACAGGAAGGGCGAUCAAGUGGCCCCAGUGUACCUGGUCUCCCUGCCGCACAUUUCAGCUCCGGACACCUCUGAGAGCAGCAGAGGAUGCGUCGUGACUCCUGCAUGUGAGAGCCGCGGGGACGCCGGGUCUACGGUGACAGAUUCUUGUCUCCUUCAUCCAACAUUUACACGCUUUUAAGGUCGGGGGGAGAAGGCUGACCUAUUUUCUGACACCUUUCUUUCGCUGGAUGACACUGUUGUACUUUACCGCUGUGUUGUUUUUAUUUCUCUUUUGGAAUAAACCAAAGAUUGGACGCACAAAAUUCAUUCUUAUUUGUGCGUAAAAGCCGCGCAGCCCGUCAAUGAAUGACGCGUUGGGCGUUUCGUUAAUGAAAGCUGGAUAAGUUUUCAGAGGCACUGAUGAGCUUCUGUCAGACGGACACUUAUGCAUCAGAGGGAACCUGUUGGAUUAUAAAAAAACUGUUACUUUCAAGGACGACAAGUUGGGAGAAUCUGGUCAUUCUGUGCGUCUUCAGCGGAUUGUUCGCGCUUUGGUGACAAAUUCAACCCUACUUGUGGUGAUUGCAUGGUAUAGAAACAAUGUUUUUAUGCAACACGAGUGCCAUAAAGGACUGGAGCUAUUUUCUGUCUCAGAUAUUGCCUCUGAUGAAUAAAACUACAGGCUUGGUCAACAUGGACAAAGCGGAGGAUGUGACGACCACCAUGGUGACAGCUCUGCAGCCGGACAGCGCCAUGAGCGCAAGUAAACCGCCUCUCAACUCCAACCAUACCUCGGGCAUGGAGCACAUCUUUCAGUACUCUUACUCGGAGAGUGACCUGCUGUACACGGACUACCGGACACCUGCACGAGACCCCAUCCCGCUGCCCAAAGCGGUUCUCUACCUGGUCAUGGCUGCGCUGGUGGUGGUGGCGGUGGCUUAUGCGAUUGUUGGACACCUGGUGAAAGACGUGGUCAAUGAAUUUGUCGGCGGAGGCAGGCCGAUCGUUGCUGAAGGUGACGGCGGUGAAACCAGUGAACCAGAGUGGGUGUUUGGCUCUCGUCGAGUUACCACUAACCGCAACAAGACUGAGAUAAACUGCAUCACCAACAACAUGAACGAGAUGAGUGAGUUGGGUGAGAUGCCCCGGCUGGUUGAAAUGAGCUACAUAUCCCUGAACCACACUAACUGCCUGAGCGCCAACAGACCGGAGGAGACGGUGGUCACCAUAGAUGAGACGUUACAGCAGCGACCUCCUGACACUCACUCUGGGACUUAAUUGUGUCCUUCUGACCUGCUCUGAGAGAAAUAAAGCGGCGUAGUUGUUUGCAUUUCUUGUUCAAGUGGAUUUACAAGUCAUGAAUUGAAGCUCUAUCCACUGUUUAAAUCACCUGCAGGUGGGCUGUAAUACCUGUGUAAUGUUGGGCCAGUGGGGACUUUGUCAACCUGUGCUGGAACUUUGGACGUAUCAGAUGCUGGUGUUUGUGUCAGAUUGGACUCCUUUCUGCGGAGAUGACUAGAGAGGACGGCUGCAGCUUUUUUUGGACAAGCAGUCUGAGUUUGUUACUUAUAGUCCUCAUCGUACUGACCCCUUUUAUCAAGUGACCCCUUGUGAAAACACCACUCCGUUAAUGUGACACACGCAGUUCACUGUAAUAUUGCUGCCGGCAAAGGUUAACAUGUCACCUCCGGAAAAACUAUCACAUCAUUUUUUGAUUCCUUUUUUUUUUGUAGUAAUUAUUGUAAAAUCAAGCAGCUCAAAGAACACAGGAAGGCUACAAAUGUUAACACCUUCUUUUUUUUGUAUAAUAAUGCUGUAUUUACUGGAAGCAAAAAAGUUCACUAGACAGUGAUAAAAUAAAAGUAUUUUGUAGUUUUAUGUAAUUAGCUUGAUGUAAACAAGUGCUAAAUCACCUUGAAGAGCUAUGGUUACACCUGAUUGCAAAAAAAAAAAAACUAAUAUAAAAGUAAUAGCCAUUAUUACGGUAAAAAAAAGCAUACUGAGACAUUCAGUUGUCGAAAGUUUAUGAUUUCUUGGUAUUCACCUUUCUGGUUAAAUGUCUAAAAAUGGCAUCACCUAAUGACGCAAAAAGUGUUCAUAGCUUGUUCAUUUUCUAAUGUUUAAUAUUUCAUGUGAAAUGGCUGAUGUCAAAGCCUUUGUUUACCUUUAUUACCUCACUGUUAAGGGCUAUGUAUUGCUGAUGAUGAGUCUGGGACACCACUCAAAGCUACAACUAAUGAGGCUUAUUUUUCUGUCACCAUUAUACUCUGUACACAAGCCACUGCAAACUGUUUAUUUGAGAAGAUAUCAGUUUGUUCAACCUGAAGUUACUGAUUUAUGAACUCCUUUUUUACACACUUUAUCAUAUUUGGGAUGAAAGAGUAAGGCGGUACUUACUUACAGAUGGCAGGGUAACUAAGUGAAAUAUCAUAUAUUGGUGUUUAACUCUGCAGCAGCGAUCAUUUUCCAGACGUUAACUGUUUUUCCCACCACCUUGACGCAAUCACUGUAUUCCUUUCAAGUCUAAAUCUAAUAAACACUCAUGGUCAACAGUGUUAUCG